GGGCGCUACGGGCAAGGCGCGGUGUUCAGUCCGCCGGUCCCAGGCUGCAAGAGGCUGGUACCAAUUUCAAAGGGAUUAAUUCCGGUUAAGACAUCUCCAUCCCGAUCCAUUCCAUUCCAUUCCAUCCCAUUGCAACCGGUCCGUUUGCUCCUGUGGAUUGAUACUAACAACAUGGCUGUGACUGAAACCGCAAGCGAUUUCACCUAUUCCAAAAUGAGAGGCAUCGUUGUGUUUCUAACUGCUUUUAUAAAGCAACGUAAAAUUGGCUUGAAUGACUUCAUACAGAAGUUGGUCUCUAACCCACAGAUCUGCCAGCACCCAGAUGUCUGUGUUUUCUUACAAAUUGACCAAAACCAACCAGAUGAAGCAGAAUCUUAUUCUAAUUCUAAUAGAUCAAGUCUUGGUUCAGAAGAAUUUGACCUUUCUACACCCUAUAGUGUGAAGCCUUCAGACUUUGACUACCUUCGAAUAAUUGGAAAAGGCAGCUUUGGAAAGGUACUUCUUGCCAAGCACAAAGAAACUGAGAAAUAUUUUGCAGUAAAGGUUUUGCAGAAGAAGAUGAUUCUGAAGAAGAAAGAGCAAAAACAUAUCAUGGCUGAGCGCAGCGUCCUCCUGAAAAAUAUGAAGCACCCUUUCCUAGUAGGGCUCCACUACUCCUUUCAAACUACAGACAAACUCUACUUUGUCCUGGAUUAUGUGAACGGUGGUGAAUUGUUCUACCACCUUCAGCGUGAGCAUGUGUUCCUGGAGCCCAGGGCAAGGUUCUAUGCUGCAGAGAUUGCCAGUGCUCUAGGCUACCUCCACUCCCUGCACAUUGUUUACAGAGACUUGAAACCUGAAAACAUCCUCCUGGACUCUGAGGGUCACAUUGUGCUAACAGACUUUGGCUUGUGCAAAGAAGGAGUAGAACCAAAUGGAACAACCUCCACGUUUUGUGGUACCCCAGAGUACUUGGCCCCCGAAGUGUUACAGAAGCAAGCCUAUGAUCGAACAGUUGAUUGGUGGUGCUUAGGAUCUGUACUGUAUGAAAUGCUGUAUGGAUUGCCCCCAUUUUAUAGCCGGAACACAGCUGAAAUGUACAACAACAUCCUGCACAAGCCACUGCAGCUCAAAACCAACAUUUCAAAUUCUGCCCACACGCUCUUGGAAGGCCUGCUCCAAAAAGACCGAGUGCAGCGACUGGGGGCCAAGAAUGACUUUUUGGAGCUGAAGUUCCAUUCCUUCUUUUUACCAAUUAACUGGGAUGACCUCCUGGCUAAGAAAAUCUCUCCUCCGUUUGUCCCAACCGUGUCCGGGCCCACUGAUCUGCAACAUUUUGACCCAGAAUUUACCCAGCAACCAGUUCCAACCUCAGUUGCAAGUUCGCCUGAAGAUUUUCUAAUUAGUGCCAGUGCCAGAGAGGCUGCUGAAGCUUUCCUUGGAUUCUCCUAUGUUCCACCUGUAGAUGAAAACUACCUAUAAUAAACUAGGUGGACUAUUCUGCCCCUUUUAAAAAAAAAAAAGCAAAGAACGGAUGAGGUAGAAACCCUCUGCACAUUGUGCACCUUACUGCAUAAGUUGUCCCGAGUCUCUCUUGCUGAAGAGAACUUCUGUAGGAGUAAGUGUCUUCCUGUUGCAGAUUUCAGCAUUCAACAUAGUGAAAGGAUCCCAUCAACUCUGCUCUAGUAUGACAAGUGCACAUUCACAAUUUCCCUUCAGCUUGCCCAUACUAUACAAAAAAGGUCUUGUGGAUGACUCUCCACCUGAAAUAUCACUGCUAAGAAGCACUUUCUUCAGAGUGACUCGCAUGGUAGAUGAACUCCACCCCAGCAGCAAAGUGCACCAAGAUUCUACUUAAAACUCUAUCAAACUGAACCACUUUUUCUCCAGUUUUUAUUUUCUGCAAAUUUGGCAGAAAACCUGUUCAUACUUCGAGAGCUUGAGGGAAUUGCAGCUACCAUUUGCAAAAAGGUUUUUAAGGAAAAGGACAUUUGCCCACUUUCAGUCCAAUCGAUUGGCAGAAAAGAUUGCUACAUUCCACACAAGAACUGACAAAUUGUUACAGACUAAGUCUUUAAUGAAGUGCUUAAUGAAAAAGUACAAUCAGGACCAUUCACAACUUAAAUUUUGUACUAAUAGAUCUAAGACUGCAUGUUUUUUUUCAUGUGAAUGUACCUUGCUGUUUUUAGCCAGGAGAAAGGCAUUGGGAAUGCUGUUGAUACUGUGUGGACUGAACCUUAUUUUCAUUUCCUCUUUUGGAAGAGCAACUCUGUUUGAACAGCUGAACAGCAAUUCUUAUUACCUGUUAAUCUUUGACCCAUUGCAACAAAUACUAACUGGAGUCUUGAUCAACAUUAAACUAAAUUCUAGUCCUUUAGACGAAUACUGUGAACUAAAUUAUUCCCAGUUCUCUAGAUUUCUCACAAACAGUGUGUGAAUCCAUAAUAAGGUUAUCUUAAUUCCAAGAAGCUUGAAUAUAUGGCUAGCAGGGCAGCACAAAUCCUAAAGAAAGAUGUAAUAAAUCAAUUGGUUUAGGUUUUAAAAGCCAGACAUAGCUACAAGAGGAAGGGAAAGGUGGUUAAGGAGUUCUCCAAUUUUGAAGCUCUGGGAGGGGCAAGAAGAGUGAACUUUAGGGAAGGGGGAAUAGGAAGUUAUGGAUGAAGAAUCAAAAAAGCUGACUAAAGGAAUUAAAAAUUCAAGAUUAUCAUUAAAUUUGUUUUUGGUGGGGGGGGAGGGGGAGGAGGAGGAUCACUCAACACCCAAGAUGAUAUACCAUCCUUGUGGGAUGUGGUAGUGAUGCUAGCCCAGACUGCUGGUGUACCACCUCCAGAUGAGAUUGCAAUUUGAAAUUGAGUGUACAGUACCCAAAGGGUUAAAUAACUGCUGUGCAGAUAUUUCUUUCAUAUUUGGAAGAUUAUAUUUAAUUUCUCUUUAUUUGCACCUUUUAUAAACAAAAAUGGUUUGUUGGAAAUGUUUAGAGGUGAGAAAGAGCUUUUAAAAUGUUGUGGUACAUAUCUUUGAGACUGCAAUCAGUAAAUAUUUUUUUGAAUCAUAGCAGCACGACAUGUGACAGCCAAGUGCUGCAGUUGCCUUCAGGCUUCAAUUAUAUUGCUGUUGUGUGUAAUCUAAUGAUUUAAGUCAGUGUCACUAGGAAUUCUACAAUAUGUAAUAUUUAGUGACUUCCUGAAUUAUGAAAAAAUGCCCAGUCACUUGGGAAAGAGCACCUUGACCUAUAUAACACUAGGCUGAAGCAUGAGCAUUGGGAACAGUUUGAAUUCUGAGUAUCGAGCCAUUUUUACCAUGGUGUAUCGGUUCCAGCCAGCGUGCUUAAUAAGCCUGGUGAUAACAGUCUGGUAUCACAGUCCCAAGUAAUGGGGGAAGAGUUGACCUGUGUAGAAAUUAUUCACAAAGAAUAAGUCUGCAAUUUUUUUGGUACGCAUAGUGAACUCUCUCACCCUCCCUGCUCCCCAAAUGGUUAAUCUGGUUGAAAGUCCAUCAAGGUUAGUUUCUGUGCAUGUGGGUUUCUGAGGGCUCACCUAAGAAUUUAAUAUGAAAAAAAUUAAUGAAAGACUGCAUUACUUGAGUUGGUGUAUGUACAUAUGUGAAAUAUAGAUCUGGGUAUACUGUGCAUAUGUAUAUACGAUAUAAGAUCAGACCAUCUUAUCAGUGUUUUGACUUGUAAUUGUAAUGUAUUUCUAAUUUUAAUGUAAUGGUUUAUAAUGGACACAAACUUUGACUGAACCAAUAAACUGAUUAUUACAGCAAA